CUCCUCGUCCUCCACCCAUAGAUCACGAGAGAGGGCUAGAACAAAUGGGGUUAAGCGCUCUGAUGGUGCUCAAUGUAGACUAGCGCCUGGUCGGUCGGUAGUCGUCGAAGGACGCCGAGGUCCAGAUCAGUAGCUUCAGGUCGAUUCAUCACUUACAAUGGUUCGAUCGCUUUCCAGCUUCUCAUUUUCGCAUCGAACCCAAUAUCUUUCUUUCUGAUCUGUCCCUUUUUCUUUUUGUCUUUUUCUUUUUUUUCCCCAUUGAAUCCGUUCUUUCAAUCUUUCCUUUCCUCUGUUGGGUGAUCCCACGUGACCCCACGUGAUGCUUCCAUCCCGUGAUAACCCAUUUUAUUGCCGAGGUUCGCUGGACUGAACUGUGGAUACAAAUCAUAUAAUCCAUCAAUCCUCAUGAACGAGAGCUCCGGUUGGCCAGGGGGCAAAUCUAUCGCCAUGAAGAUAAGAAUGAGAAAGAAAACUAUGGUUGACCCGGGUCCGUUGACCACGCCCAUACACCCAUUGCUUUGCGCAACAUACGAAUAAUACAUUGCCGAAAAUGUCCCCUUCGCAUUCCGAAGUCUUCGAGGAAGCAAUCAAGGUCACUCCCCUGACUUCACAUACCUACUCGGCGCAUUUACAGAAGGACUGGUGUAUCGGAAAUGGUAUGACCGAAGCUUUCCUCUGAUUGAUGCAUGAUCAGCCCUAACGUUGAUCUAGUCCCUCAUGGAGGCUAUACGACAGCCAUCCUCUACCGCCUGACCACCACGCAUUUCGCUCGAUCCCAUACGUCGCCCUACCGAUCCAAACCCGUCCUACCGAUCUCCUUACAACUGACCUUUGUGCGACCGACACACGUCGGACCGGCCACGUUAACCGUUCAAGAGGUCAAAUUAGGCGCGCGAACGAGCACCAUCCAAGUAACGCUGUCGCAGGAUGCGGCGUCCAAAGGUCCGCAAACUAGAGUGGUGGGAUACAUAACGGUCAGUCCCGUAGAGACCGACCAAGAGGGCCCCGUGGUCAAAGGGACUCCGAUCCGUCAUCCAAACCCACCCUCGGGAUCCCAACCGGACGGCGGGGUCGAUUUCGCGGCCCUGGCGGAAACAGGGAGAGAUGGCCGAUGGACACGAUUCCCCACAAUUCCCGGAAUGGCAGUUUCCCAGCAUACAGAGCUCUAUGGCACGCUACCGCCCUCCACGGUACAGGAGCGCAUCAAGUCCACCGUGGACCAGUGGGCGAGAUUUCGCCCCGGUGGCCAGGUGCCUGCCCGAUGGACAAAUGAGGCGUUAAUGUGCCUACUGGAUUUGUUUCCGAUGGCGUUGGAUAGACUCGGUGCGAUGGCCACCUCCGCUUGGAUGAGUACGAACGACCCAGAAGACCGACAGAGUCGUGCACCAGGUCCCUUCUGGUUCCCCACGGUGUCUUUCAAUGUGGAUGUGAAGAAAUCGAUCCCACAGGAGGGUCUUGCCUGGUUACAUAGCCGUGUCGUUACGCAGACCUUGCGCGCCGGACGAGCUGAUAUCAGUGUGGAGAUCCUUGACCAGAAUGGAGAGCUGAUUGCCACCAGCUCUCAGGUUUGCAUGGUGGUCGGAUUCGAUCGGAAUUUGAAGAAUGGGAAGCGCGUCCAGCCCACACAAGGAAAAUUGUAGGGUAACUUAGACUAAACGAGAACUGUACUAGAUAUCAUUACUUGCAUCCAAUAGAAUACUGCGCGCACGUGGUUUUGAGCCAGAAAGGACGAGUAUCA